GCAGCAGCCCGAGUCUGGGGCUUGUUGCACGUGCGGCGCGGACUGAGGGUGCAGAGAAGGGGGCGGCGCGCGCGUGCGUGUGCCGCGUAGGGGUGUUCGGCUGGGUUUUGAGUGUGGAACGAUUCGAUGCCGUCUGUAGUGGCUGAGAUUCCCGCGGCUGCUUCUCGGGGCUUCCUGGGUUGAGUCCCCUUCAUGAUCUGUCACCAGGAGUAGUCUCGGAGACGCACCUCGCCGUGGGAACAUGAAUCUUUUACCUAAAAGCUCCAAGGAGUUUGGCUCUGUUGACUAUUGGGAGAAGUUCUUCCAACAGCGAGGGAAGAAAUCUUUCGAAUGGUAUGGAACCUACCUGGAACUCUGUGAAGUGCUGCACAAAUACAUCAAGCCCAGGGAAAAGCUGCUUGUGAUUGGCUGUGGCAACUCAGAGCUCAGUGAGCAACUGUAUGAUGUGGGCUAUCAAGAUAUCGUGAAUAUUGACAUCAGUGAGGUGGUCAUCAAGCAGAUGAAGGAGCGCAAUGCCAGCCGACGCCCCCACAUGAGCUUCUUGAAGAUGGACAUGACACAGAUGGAGUUUCCUGACGCCACAUUCCAGGUGGUGUUGGACAAGGGCACGCUGGAUGCUGUCCUGACAGACGAGGAGGAGCAGACCUUGCAGCGGGUGGACAGGAUGCUGGCUGAGGUUGGCCGGGUCCUGCAGGUGGGCGGUCGCUACCUCUGCAUCUCCCUGGCGCAGGCUCACAUCCUGAAGAAAGCAGUGGGUCACUUCUCUCGGGAGGGGUGGAUGGUGAGGGUACACCAAGUGGCCAGCAGCCAGGACCAGGUGUCUGAAGCAGAGCCUCGGUUCUCCCUGCCUGUCUUUGCCUUCGUCAUGACCAAGUUCAGGCCAGUCCCUGGCUCUGCCCUUCAGAUCUUUGAGCUGUGUACUCAGGAGCAGGGCAAGCCUGUGCGGCUGGAGAGUGCCGAUGGACUGGCUGAGGCCGUGCGGGAGCGGCAGCACUAUGCUUGGCUGUGUAGUCAGCUGCGCCGCAAGGCUGGGCUGGGGAGUGUGUCUCUGGACUUGUGCAGUGGGGACACUGGGGAGCCACGCUACACCCUCCACGUGGUGGACAACCCCACUGUGAAACCAUCGCGGGACAGUCAUUUUGCCAUUUUUAUCAUACCCCAGGGCCGAGAGACCGAGUGGCUCUUUGGCAUGGACGAGGGCCGGAAGCAGCUGGCAGCCAGCGCAGGCUUCAGGAGGUUGGUCACAGUGGCUCUUCAUCGCGGCCAGCGGUAUGAUGGCAUGGAAAGCAUUCAAGCAGAGCUAUCAACCAGAGUCAUGGAGCUGGCCCCGGCCGGGAUGCCUCCCCAGCAGCAGGUUCCCUUCCUGUCUGUGGGUGGGGACAUUGGAGUCCGGACUGUUCAGCACCAAGACCACAGUGCCCUGAGUGGUGACUAUGUUAUUGAGGAUGUGCAAGGGGAAGAUAGGUGGUACUUUCGGCGGCUCAUCUUCCUCAGCAACAGGAACGUGGUGCAGUCGGAAGCCAGACUGCUGAAGGAGGUGUCUCACCGAGCCCAGAAGAAACGGAAAAAGGACAGGAAGAAACAGCGGCCUGCUGAUGCUUCUGAGGACGUCCCUCCUGCCCCUGGGCAGUCCAUUGAUAAGAGUUACCUCUGCUGUGAACACCAUAAAGCCAUGAUCGCUGGCCUUGCCCUGCUGAGAAACCCAGAGCAGCUCUUAGAGACUCCGCUGGCAUUAUUGGUGGUGGGUCUAGGAGGAGGUAGCCUCCCCCUCUUCGUUCAUGAUCAUUUCCCAAAGUCUCGUGUGGAUGCCGUUGAGAUUGACCCCUCCAUGUUGGAAGUGGCCACCCGGUGGUUUGGCUUCUCCCAGAGUGACCGGAUGAAGGUUCACAUUGCAGAUGGCCUGGCCUACAUUACCAGCCUGGCAGGAGGAGAAGCUCAACCCCACUAUGAUGUGAUCAUGUUUGAUGUAGACAGUAAGGAUCCGACACUGGGGAUGAGUUGUCCUCCCCCAGCGUUUGUGGACCAACUUUUCUUGCAGAAGGUCAAAAGCAUCCUGUCUCGUGAAGGUAUCUUUAUCCUUAACCUUGUGUGUCGUGAUGUGGAGUUAAAGGACUCAGUGCUGGCUGGACUCAAGGCAGCCUUCCCUCUCCUGUAUGUUCGGCGAAUUGAGGGCGAAGUGAAUGAGAUCCUGUUUUGUCAGCUGCAGCCAGAGCAGAAGCGUGCUACACCAGAGCUCCUGGAAAUGGCCCAGGCUUUGGAGCGGACCCUGAGGAAGCCUGGGCAGGGUUGGGAUGACACCUAUGUCCUGUCAGAUAUGCUGAAGACUGUAAAGAUUGUGUGAUCAGCUUUCUGCCCAGACUGAUGUGAACUGGGCUGCUGGAGUAUGACACACAGGUCUUUUAGACCUCAUGUUUCUCUUGGUGACAUCCCUCCGACCUUUUGGGAUGGGAGGCAGUCCCAGGGAUGAUUGCUUUGAUUUUUUUUUUUUUUUAGAAGUGUGGUUAUGGACGAAGAACGGGACUGGUCAUCUGCUUCUGGAGGCUGAGGGAAGGCCAAGGGAGAAGUUACAGUUGGGCAGUGUCCUACUGUGGAUCUUCAGUGUCUUCCCAAAGGUCAUAUGUUGAAAGGUGGCUCGGGCUUUGUGGAGGAGGUUAGGUCACCGGUGUGCCCUUGAAGGACUGUAGAGACACUGGCUUUUCUCUUUUGGCCACUGUCAGGUGAAGCACUCAAACUACCAUAUCUUCCCUCCCAUGAUGCCCUGCUUCACCUCAAGCCCAAGGACAAUGGGUCUGCCCACUCAUGGCCUAGAACCAUGACUAAGCCAAUAAAUCUUUCUUCCUUGCAAGGAGGUUUGUUUUGAGAAUUUUUAUAGUAACUGAAAGCUAAGAGCAGUUUUCAGCUUCAUUUCCUAUAAUGUGUACCAAUGAAGACCAGUGUGUUCUAGCUGCUGACCUUUCCCCGUCCCUCAACUGACUCCAGGGCACUCACUAGCUUUUGUGGAGAAGGUUUUAGCACACAGAGUCACUUCCUAUGUCCCAUCUUUCCCACUAAAAAAAAUGAUUUACUUUUGUAUUAAGGUCAGGCAAAUGAGUCUGUAUGAGAAUUUUUAAAAACUUGAUUAUUUUACAAUUUCACACAUAUGUAUACAAUUUCAUACAUAUAUGUGCUUGUAUACAUGUAAUGUACUUUGAUUACAUUUCCCCACCCCAUUAUUCCCCAUCGUCUCCCUCUCAAACAAUCCUUUCCCUAACAAAAAUUACAUCUUCUUUGUCUUGGUAGACCACUGCAUUUAAUUAGUGUUGCUUGCAUGACAAUAGGUGGGGGUUAUUUACUUGAGCACAGUGGUUAUACCACUGUAGAGUAUUAUUUCCACUUCCAUCCCGCAAACAUUAGCUAUAUAGCGCCUUGGGAAGGAGUGGGGCUUUAUGAGCCUUUCCCCCUUUAUAAGACUUCUGCUUAACUUUGGGCAUAACAGGUGCUGGGAAAGGAGAGUUGUGAACCUAAGGCCGUUAACAAAUUGUUAGGUCUAAAGCAAAUGCUGGGGGAAGAACAGGCAAUCCAGAGAAGAAACACCCAUGCCCCAUAGGUUGCCAGAAAGGUAUCCCUAGUGUGGCUAGGUCUUUACUGUGAGCCAGAAAUUUUAAGUGUGUAUGGGGGUAAGCUUCUGUGUAUUAAAGUGUUGGCCAAUCAGAAACCAUUUUGAAGACAUUUAAUCCAUGUGCCAGAAAGAUUAUCUUCCAUUUAAGAGAUAGCAUUUAGAAAUGCAGAAUGCCAGAGAGUCUGGACUAACCCCUGCCUUCGAGCAUAUUACAAAGAGCAAGCUGAGAGCUUGGAGACAAAACUAAAGUCUUACCUUGUUUUAACUCAAGUGUUCUUAGAAUGGUCGUGGUUGGUUGCUGUGGUUCUCACAGUCUGGAAAAGUAUACAGUUUUCACUUUCCAGAACAACCAGGGAAUAGGAUGAGAAUACAAUAUGAUACCUUGGUCCCUACCAAACUGUUGACAGAGGUUUCUGUCCCGCCUAGUCCCGCAGCUGUUUAGUCCCAAAGAAACACAGAGGUCUACAUUAAUCAUAAACUGGUUGGCCUAUUAGUUCAGACUUUUUAUUAACUCUUAAAUGGCACAUCUUAACCCAUAAUUCUUGUCUGUGUUAGCAAUGUGGCUUGGUACGUUUAUCAGCAAGGCAUUCUCAUCUUGCUUCCACUACGUCUGGGUGAUAACUGCAGACUGCAAUUUUUCCAGAAUUCUCUUGUUCUCGUUGCCCUGCCUCUACUUCCUGCCUGGUUGCCCCACCUAUACUUCCUGCCUGGCUACUGGCCAAUCAGCAUUUUAUUAAGAUAUAAGUGUCAAAUCUUUACAAAGUACAAGACCAUUGUCCCACAGCACCAAACAAGUUCUGCAGCAAUAUAAAAUGGUUAAAGUUGACUAUUGCCUCUUAUCCUGCACCUGCACCAAGUCUUCACUGCCAACCUAUCACACCUUAGCUUGCUAACUGGGUAACUUCCAUAGUCUGUCUUUUAUGGGUAUAGAAACAAUUUUUAUCUAUACUACACUUUGGAGUCACUUGGCAUAGUAAGCAGAAUAAUGCUUCUCCAAAAAUGUCUGCAAUCUGUGAAUAUGGUACAGCUCACUGAUGGGGAAUUAUUGUAACAAGUAGGCUUGAUGCUAGUCAGCUGAUUUUAAACCAUUGAGGUUAUUUUGGAUUAUGGAGGUUGGCUCAAUGUUAUCAUGAGGUUAUUUAAAUAGUGGAAGGAGGCAGAAGUGUCCAUAUCAAGGUGAAACAAUGUGCUGAAGAUUGCACUGGUCACUGCUGGUCUUGGAGAUGAAGGUCACUAGCCAAGGAACACAGUUGGCCUGUUGUAGCUAGGAAAUAUAAGAAAACUUACCAGGAGUUUCCAGGACCGAAGCUCUCUGCCCUGCGUGCUCCAGCAUUGUGGAAACUGCCCCCAACUCAGGUUUAGCCAGUACAAUUCAUUUUUGGAUUUCUGAAUUACAGGAUCCUGGUAGUUUAAAUACAGUGGACCCCCAUAAGGUUAUAGGGAAGUGGCCCUAUUAGGGGUGAGGCUUUGUUAGAGCAGAUAUGGCCUUGUGGGAAGAAGUGUGUCAUGUGGGGGUGGGCUUUGAGGUCUCAUAUAUGCUCAAACCAUGCUCAGUGUCUCAGUUCACUUCCUGUUGUCCGAGGAAGAUGUAGGACUCUGAGCUAUCUCUAGCACCAUGUCUGCCAGCAGGCAGCAAUGUCUCACCAUGAUGAUAAUGGGUUGA